AGUGAAGUGAUGCCUCCACUCCAUCCCAAUCUCCAUUAUCGCAAAAGACGAGUAAAUGCGACGAAUAUCCCAUCCCAUGUGACGACUCCACCAUAUCCCAGCCUCCGUCCCCAAGUCGUUGAUCAAAUCAAAUGUCACACUAACGCUGUUAGAAAAGAUAUAAGCAAGAAGAACACAAAAGUUUCGGUUUUUAUGGUCGGGGAAGGUGGAAAUCGAACUGGUUAAGCGUUAAAUUGGUCCCCGGAAACGCGCCCUGCUGCUAUCAACCUCAACCAAGAUAUGGGUUCGGCUGUGGGAUCACUUUCCUUGUCUCUGAAUUCUGGUAAAUUCCUUUAUUUGAUAUUAUCUGGGUUUAUGGCUGUUUUUUGGUUGUUGUUUUGUUAGACUCUUACCAUGAUCUGGCUGUCUGGAUAGCGUUGUUUAUUCCCAAUUGUUGUUUGUCUUAUUGGUACAAUUAUUACUAUCCAGUCUCAGAUCUGUUUUCUAGCAGCUCGGUGCUGAAUUUGCGUUUGGAGGAUCAGUUCAACGGCUUUUGGGUUUGUUCAUAGCAAAGCGUUGGAUUUUGUAAGCUGCAGCUAGAUUGCUUUAGACUUGGUUUCCCAUUUCAGUGAUGCUCUAGAUUCUUCUUUCAAGUUGUAGCUGAAGCUAUGGUGGUGGUCUGGGAUUGAAUUUUGAUCUUGAUUGAGAUUGAGGGUUUUGGGGGGGAAAAAUGGGUAGCAGUAGAACUGUAGUUUGGUUUAGGAGAGACCUUAGGAUAGAGGAUAAUCCUGCACUAGCGGCUGCUGCUAGGGCUGGUCCGGUCUUGCCUGUUUAUAUUUGGUGUCCUGAAGAAGAAGGGCAGUUCUAUCCCGGCCGGGUUUCCCGGUGGUGGCUGAAGCAGUCUCUUAUCCACUUGGGAAACUCUAUCAAAUCACUUGGUGCUGAACUCAUCCUGAUCAAGGCUCACAGCACCUUCGAUACUCUUCGGGACUGUGUCAAUUCCAUUGGUGCAACCAGAGUGGUCUUCAACCAUCUCUAUGAUCCGGUAUCUCUGGUUCGUGAUCACAGUAUCAAAGAGAAAUUGGGGGAACUUGGAAUUUCCGUGCAGAGCUAUAAUGGAGAUUUGUUAUAUGAACCCUGGGAUAUAUAUGAUGAACAAGGACAUGCUUUCACAACGUUUAAUUCAUAUUGGGAGAAGUGCUUGCAUCUGCAGAUGGAGCCUGUCUCACAUCUUUCUCCAUGGAAGCUGGUGCUUGCUACAGGUACAGUUGAAAAGUGUUCAGUGGAUGAACUUGGUCUGGAAGAUGAGUUGGAAAAAGCAAGCAACUCUUUGUUAGGAAGAGCAUGGUCUCCAGGUUGGGGUAAUGCUGCUAAAUCCCUAACAGAAUUUGUCGAACGACAUUUAAUUAACUAUUCAGAGAACAGACUUAAGGUUGGAGUGGAUUCAACUUCUCUCUUGUCCCCAUAUCUCCAUUUUGGAGAGCUGAGCGUUAGGAAGGUUUUCCAAUGCGUUCAAAUGAAGCAACUAGCGUGGGAGAAAGAAGAAAACGCAAAAGGGAAAGACAGUGUGACCUGGUUUCUUAGGUCGAUUGGGCUAAGGGAAUAUUCUCGUUAUCUUUGUUUCAAUUUCCCAUUCACCCACGAGAGAUCGUUGCUGGGGCACUUAAAGUACUUCCCUUGGAAUGCCAACCAAGCCCAUUUCAAGUCUUGGAGACAAGGAAGGACUGGUUACCCUCUCGUUGAUGCAGGGAUGAGGGAGCUAUGGGCAACUGGUUGGAUGCAUAACAGAAUAAGAGUUAUCGUGUCGAGCUUCUCUGUCAAAGUUCUGCUCUUGCCAUGGAGAUGGGGAAUGAAGUAUUUCUGGGACACGCUUUUGGAUGCAGAUCUUGAAUGUGACAUCCUUGGUUGGCAGUAUAUAUCAGGAAGCCUACCAGACGGCCAUGAACUCGAACGGUUAGACAGUCCUGAGAUACAAGGUUCCAAAUUUGACCCAGAAGGCGAAUAUGUUAGACAUUGGCUGCCAGAAUUAGCUAGGAUGCCAACUGAGUGGAUACAUCACCCAUGGGAUGCACCUGAUAUUGUGCUCAAAUCCGCUGGGGUCGAACUGGGACUAAACUAUCCAAUGCCUAUAGUUGAUCUGGACGUGGCUCGGGAGCUUCUGACAUCAGCCAUAUUCAAGAUGUGGGAAGAUGAAGCAGCUGCCAGAGCUUCGAGCUCAAAUGGGACAAAUGAAGUCGUUGGUGACAACACAGGCAUUGCGGAUGGCAUUCCAAAGGUCGUCUUGAGGGAGAAAGGCAAUGCUCCUUGCGUUACUGUCUCCUCCAAUGAUCAGAAGGUUCCAUCAUUUUAUAACAUGAACCAGAAGGAUCCACACGGGAAGAAGAGGGCCAAAUGCAUGGAGGAGGGAACCCCUGGACCAGAUAAGUUCCGGAAUUGUAAUGGUGCAGGGACUUCAAGGCCAGAUGGAGAUCUGUGCUCGACUGCUGAAUCAUCAGCAGCUAAGAAGCAGGCGACAACCAGCAGAUGUUCCUUCUCGGUUCCCCAGUAUUGUUCGUCGUCAGAAGGAAACAGUACAACGCUGGAAUGUGAAUCGUCCGAAUUCAAGGAUGGUAAUUGCCAUGGGAACUUGACGCUGCAGCAUUCUUCUCUGACUCCGUCUCCGAAGAGAGGUUACUGGCAGUCUUCCAUUGAUGCAUCGUUAACUGAACCUUAAACUGCCCAUUUCUGGAUGAACAAAUUGAUGAUUCCAUCAGUUUCUAUAGCCAUUCCCUGUUGCACUUCUGAGUUCCACGCAUGCAUGCAACCUGACAAGUGUUUUCUUUUCACGUUCUUAACAUGUUUAUAGGCCGAUCAGGAUGUUACUACAUAGUCAAAUAAAAACGAGUGCCCUUUCGCUGUGAUCCAAUGUCUGGUUUUUCCAUGGUGGAUGCUGUGAUGCUUUGUCUGUUAAUGACUGGAAGGAGUUAGUUGCGGAAUUGAGCUGUUGUAUGUCUCGGCUGUGGACGACAUUUAGCGUUCCAGUUAAAGUAAUGUGUCAGUAGGCAAUGACGGCUAAAGCCUGCCUCCAUGAUUCGUGUUGUGUUGUGUUGUGUAGCCUACUAGAGAGUCCACUUACGUAGUUGGAGCUUCGUUCGAUGAUGGCGGAUCAUGAGCUUCCCUCGCGAGCUAGGCUCGUUUUGCUCAUUUUCAAGUCGUUAUCGAACUGAGCUCGAGUCUUUAGACUAGCCAAGCUCGAGCUAUAAGGCAAGUUAAAGCUGAG